AUGAAAAAGAAGAAGGCUCAAGAAUUCAUCGAACUAAAGAUGGAAGGAAUGUAUGUGACCGAUUAUUACUCUAAGUUCAUAGAGCUUUCUAGGUUUGCACCUGAAGUGGUGGCAACGGAAGAGCUUAUGGAUCAAAGGUUUGAGAGUGGACUGACCAUGGAUUUGCAGUUGAUGCUAGCUGGAGAGACCUUUACCUCUCUAGAUACCUUGUACGGAAAAGCUGCCCAUUUGUAUGGACUACAACAGAGGAAGAACGGAAGUGGUGAGAAAAGAAAAGACGUUGGGAACGAAAAUCAGGGAGGUAACCAACAGAAUGUGGGAAAACUUAAGAAGAACAAAGGGAACAACAACUUCCAGUUCAGGGGAAACAAUUGUGGAAACCGAAAUAACAAUUUCCACAAAAACAAUGGUAAUAGGAACCAGAAUGGGGGAAAUGGAACAAGGACUUAUGAUUGCAAACGUUGUCAUACUAAUCACCCCGGAAAGGAUUAA